AUGUGCUCCCGGCAAGACAAAGACCAGUGCCACCAGCAAGAACAAUCCUCAUGCCACAGCAGUGAAGGGUGCCACAGGAGCUGUGGUGGAUCUGGAUGCCAUGGGAGCAGUGGUGGAUCUGGAUGCCACGGGAGCAGUGGUGGAUCUGGUUGCCACAGGAGCAGUGGUGGAUCUGGAUGCCACAGGAGCAGUGGUGGAUCUGGAUGCCACGGGAGCAGUGGUGGAUCUGGAUGCCACAGGAGCAGUGGUGGAUCUGGAUGCCACAGGAGCAGUGGGGAAUCUGGAUGUCAUGAAAUCAGUGGGGGAUCCUGCCAUGGAAAACCACAGGAUUGCCAGCAGCAAAUUUAUCAAGUAUCCUCAAAGAUGAAGUGA